GAUCUCUUUUUCUUCGCCCGUUCUCUUCUGAUCUCUGGGCCCUGACUCAGAUCACAUCAAGUUAUUAGAAUCUGAUCACAACAGAAGCAUCUUUCUCCCAUUCCUUUGCAGUUCUUUUUCACUAUUAAUGAUAGAUUUCAAUUACACUAACACAUUCAACUUAGCCUAACUGCCCAUGCUCACCUUGAUACUUGCUGCUUCCCUUCCCUUCCUUUUCAGACCUCACGUGGCAACCUUGUUCUGUUCUCGUUCACUGAGGCCUUUAAAACCUCGUCUCGUCAGCUGCUGCUUCCCCUCCCAGCAUCAUCUCCCUAUGUAAGAAAACCUCCUUUGGGUUCUUUUCUCUGGUUGAGUCUCGAGUCUUCUUCCCUAGUCCUCUACUUGCGGUAAAAUGGCGCUGGAAGCUGUAGUGUUUCCACAGGACCUCUUUGGCUACAGCAUGAGAGAGUUGUUCAGCAUUGGAGGGGAGUUUUGGGGCUAUGACUUUGGCGAUGGAGAGCAAGGGGCUGAUAAAAAUGGGGCGGUUCCACUUGAAUGUAAUGCAAUUGAUUGUGCUGGUAGUCGAGGAAGCAGGGAACUAGAACAAAAUGCGACUUUGGACGCCUCUUGCUCCACCGGGGUGCAAGUCAUCGAGAAAUCAUCAUCACCGGAGGUUGCCGCCACCCUCGACACGCUCGUUUUCAGCCCGACCAAGGGCCGGAAAAAGAGGCAGCGGUCGAGGAUCGAGAAGAACCAGGAGGAAAUGGAGAACCAGAGGAUGACUCACAUUGCGGUGGAGCGCAACCGGAGAAAACAGAUGAACGAGUACCUUGCUGUGCUCCGGUCACUGAUGCCGGCUUCCUAUGUGCAAAGGAGCGAUCAAGCAUCCAUAAUUGGAGGGGCAAUCAAUUUCGUCAAGGAGCUUGAAAAGCUAGUCCAGUUUCUUGAAGCUCACAAAAGAAUCAAGCAACGAUCUGAUUCAGCCCCGUUUGCCGAUUUCUUCACCUUCCCCCAGUAUUCAUCCAACCCUUGUGCAAAACCUGCAGUUAAUGAGAACAUACACGAGCAUUUGUCGGAGAACAAGGCAUCUGCAGCAGACAUAGAGGUGACCAUGGUAGACACCUAUGCAAACCUGAAGAUCCUCUCGCCGCGGCAGCCGAAGCAGCUGCUGAAGAUAGUGAUUGGAUUGCAGAACUUACACCUGACCACGCUCCACCUCAAUGUCACCACCAUUGAUGAAACGGUCUUCUACUCCUUCAGCCUAAAGGUGGAAGAUGAAUGCCAAUUGACAUCAGUGGAUGAGAUUGCAGCAGCAGUGCACCAACUGGUUGGCAAAAUUCAAGAAAAUGCUUCCUUUUGAGUGUACCAUGUGAUUGUGUUUUCAAGACAAUAUGUUUGCUGUAGUAAUUUAGCUCCAAAUGUUUGUUUAAGAUCGUAUCCUGCUGAACUGAUCUGAAUGCAAA